GAGAUGGGAAAUCCGAAUUCUCCUCCUUCAAUCCAACAUUUCAGCCACCCACAUCCCUUGGAGUUACAACUCUCUAAUCCCAAUCAAGCAACCAUGAACGUUAUGGUUUCAUGCUCAGGUUGCAAGUUUAAUGCUUCUGAUACUUUCUACAUCUGCAAGCCCUGCAACUACAUCCUUCAUAUCUCUUGUUCUAAAAUGGCUCAGCACAUCACUCAUCCUUCUGACCCAAAGCACACUCUCUCUCUCCUCCCUAUUCCUGCAUACCCAGAUGGGAUUUUCAAUUGCAAUGCCUGUGGAAGAUCAGGAAAUGGCUUCUCCUACCAUUGCCAAGCCUGCAACAUAGACAUACACACCCUAUGUGCCCUUAUGCCAUUGUCCAUUAAUCACCAAUUCCACCAUCACCCACUCACCCUUACCUUCUCACCUCCCUACCAGUGCAAGAGUUUCUCUUGUGAUAUAUGCCAGCAGAUGGGCUCUAACCAUUGGCUCUACAGGUGCAAUUUAUGUGAAUUUGAUGCUCAUCCGGGUUGUGCAAGAACUAAGCCCCCAACACCACCUCAGACUCAGCCGAUUUAUCAACAAACAGUACAGGGAGUUCCAAUUCCCCAGUAUCAAUGUAGACCUUGGGUUGUGCCUGCCGACAUGCCUUCAAACAUGAAUAACCCAAACCCAAAUCAGGUUGUGUUUGGAGCUGCCCGGCCUAAUCAGAGAAGUGUGCAGCAGGGUAAUGGUCUUUUAAGCAAUCUGCUUCAGAAUACCCACAGUGAUGCAGCUCAGCAGUUAGGUGGGACUUUGGUGCAAAGUAUUAUGGGUGGAGGUGGGAGUGGCGGCGAUGGUGGUGGCGUUGGUGGAGAUUUUUCAUCAAGUUUUGGUAACUAA